ACCGUAUAAUCGACGAAGUCGGUAUAACCACGGAGCCGAUAUAACCCACGAAACACAUACAGCCGAAGCACUUAUCAAUUAUAAUAAAACUUUGAUGCCUAAACGGAGUAAACGUUCUAGAAAUUGUCAAGCGGCCGUUAAGAAGCGCAAUUCAGUGGACAAUGCUCAUAAUGUUGAAUAUGAUGAACAUGAGUAUAAUCAUAAUGUUGAAUAUGAUGAACAUGAGUAUAAUGAUGGUGCUCAUAAU